AUGGGCUUUUUGGGAAAGCUGAAGGAUGGCUGGCGGGUGCUGGCCGAGAGGAACCAGAGCGUGGUCCCUGUGGGUGCCUGGGUGGAGAGCGCCCCGGGGGAGCCCCAGGAGAGCCCGGCCUUCGCUUCGGCGUUUCAGGUGGAGGAGGAGCUGAAGGAGCAGCAGCGGGAGAAGGCAGCCAGCCUGAGGCGUUUCCAGGGAGAGGUGAAGCAGCGGGUGAACCAGCAGGUCAGGAUGCGAAGGAAGCAGCAGCUGCUGAAGUCCUACGAAGCGGCGGAGAGGGAGAGCUGCAUCGCCGUGCAGUGCUCGGACUCCGCGCUGCGCUUGACCCCCAGGAAGAACACGUGCCUGUUUCGGAGCCACCCUGCGCCCGCCAUCUGCGCUCCCGGCGCUCGUGCCGUGCCAGCACAGCAGCGAGGGAUGCAAAGUGAGGUGUUCCAGCAGCAAGCUGCUGAGCUUAGCAAAACCGUGAAGCAAGUUCGGCGCCGGCUGGCGUCCUGCAAAACCACGCGCCAAGGGGCCGGUCCCCCCGAACUCCCCGGCGGCGUCUGGAGGCGAGAGAAACCAGAGCCUUGCCAGACGGCCACGGUGCCCGCAGAAGAGGAGAGUGAGGAACUGCUUCUGGCAGGACACCACGAUCUUCCAGCUGAACUGCAGGAUCAGGGGACAGCCCCGCAUCGAGCCGAGCAAGACGAUGACUUCUACAUCAAAAUUGAAUUUGAAAAAUUCAGUGAGGGGUCAGCGAAGGACUGGAGCUUGCCUGAGUCUCCCCAGAGGCUGCCCACCGAUCACCGAGCUCCCCUUGUGCUCUGGGCUGGCGUAGACCAAGAAGAAACCAAGAAGCAGCGUCAGAACGAGUACCUGAGAUACAGGCGCCUCGUCAUGGGCAUGGAGCGAGAGCAAGUGAGGGAGCAGCAGAGGCAGAAAGAGCGGGGGAAGCGAAUCGCCGAGUGA